GUGAAUUUACAUAUACAUGCAUGUUGAUUGCCUUUUUUUGCUCUCUUUAGUAUUUUUCAGGCAACCGUGAUCAAAAUACAAUUGUCUGUCAUGCAUUCAUCCCUGCGCUCAGAUGUCGCUAUGUCCGAGUCCGUCCAUGGGGAUGGUACAGACAUAUCUCCAUGAGAUUAGAGUUCUAUGGUUGUCUAACAGACAGAUGUACCAUGCCUCUUGGUAUGGAAGAUCGUCGUAUCUUGUCGGGUCAUCUUCGAGCCUCAUCGUCAUACAACCAUAAGCACGGACCUGACCGAGCACGUCUUAAUAUCUGGGCCGGUCACGGAAGAACCGGGGCCUGGGUGGCAAAGUAUCGAAAUCCCAGUCAGUGGCUGGAGAUAGACCUAAGGCGGAUAAGUCUCAUCAAAGGAAUCGCUACACAAGGAAGAAGAGAAGCCCACCAGUGGGUGAAAAGUUAUACUCUGUCUUAUAGUGUGAAAGGUCUGCGCUUCAGACCAUAUGUAGCUUAUGGCAGGAUUAAGGUUUUCCGUGGAAACUAUGAUAUCUACAACACAGUUUCUUUCAAGAUAAUUCCACCAAUUAGGGCACGGUAUCUACGUAUUCAUCCCAAAACUUGGCGCAGCUACAUUGCCAUGCGCGUGGAGCUGUAUGGAUGUCGAUAUAAGGGUGAGUUCAAAAGCAAGAAAACGUACAAGUGUUUAUAUGGCCUCAUUUAA